UUCGGGUCGGCAAGGUGGGGGUGGCGAGCGCAGUAGCUAGCACCAGCAAGACCCCCGGCUCCGAGCAGCGGCGCUCGGUGUUUCCGCUGGCGGAGAUCUGAGGACUGUCCGCUUCCUCGUGGUUCCCGCGCGGGCUCCGAAUCCAGACCGCGGCGGGGGCCAGCGGCCCCUCCCCUCUGAGGAUAGAAGAUGAGCUUCCUCUUCAGCAGCCGCUCUUCCAAAACUUUCAAACCAAAGAAGAAUAUCCCUGAGGGCUCUCAUCAGUAUGAACUCUUAAAACAUGCAGAAGCAACUCUAGGAAGUGGGAAUCUGAGACAAGCUGUUAUGUUGCCAGAGGGAGAGGACCUCAACGAAUGGAUUGCUGUUAACACUGUGGAUUUCUUCAACCAGAUUAACAUGUUAUAUGGAACUAUUACAGAAUUUUGCACUGAAGCAAGUUGUCCAGUCAUGUCUGCAGGUCCAAGAUAUGAAUAUCAUUGGGCAGAUGGUACCAAUAUUAAAAAGCCAAUCAAAUGUUCAGCACCAAAAUACAUUGACUAUUUGAUGACUUGGGUUCAGGAUCAGCUUGAUGAUGAAACUCUUUUUCCUUCCAAGAUUGGUGUCCCAUUUCCCAAAAACUUUAUGUCUGUGGCGAAGACCAUUCUAAAGCGCCUGUUCCGGGUUUAUGCCCAUAUUUAUCACCAGCACUUUGAUUCUGUGAUGCAGCUGCAAGAGGAGGCCCACCUCAACACCUCCUUUAAGCACUUUAUCUUCUUUGUUCAGGAGUUUAAUCUGAUUGAUAGGCGUGAGUUGGCACCUCUUCAGGAACUAAUUGAGAAGCUUGGAUCGAAAGACAGAUAAAUGUUUCUUCUAGAACACAGUUACCCUCUUGCUUCAUCUGCUAGAACUCUCUCAUUGCUAUCUGUUAUAGACUAGUGAUACAGACUUUAAGAGAACAGGAUAAAAAGACACCUGUUGUUUGUAUCUACUGCUAAAAUUGUCCCAAAGGUAGGUUGGCCUAAUCCUUCAGUGAGAAAUUCAAGACACGCCUGAAUCUGAGGCACUAUGUGACCACUCCUGUUAUUGUCAGAGUCAUACUUGGUUGUAAUAUGUGAUGACUAACAUGUAGUCUAUUAGUUUAUUUAUGUUUUUACUGAAGACAGUGUGCUUCAGGUAACAGCAUAAUGCUAUUGAGAAUUCCCAGCAAUAAUUUAUUAACAGGUUUCCAGAGCAAAUUACCUAAUAAUGCAAUCAGAUCAGUUUUAUUCUGCUUUUAUUUACAAACAGAAGAGUUUUUUUAAGUUUCCUUAAGAUUUAGGACAUUUGUGUGUUACUUUGGAUAUCCUUUUAGUUUGAAGUUUGUAUGCUAGUGUUUUUAUAGGUUUUUAUAUAUUUAGAAUAUAUAGAUGUGUUUAUUUUUUCAAAAUCCAUGGUUGCAUUUUAAAUCUUCCUAUCACCUGAGUGGUUGGUAUGGGAGUAACCAGAGUUAUUUCUAAAAUGACUUUAUUUUUUAAUCUUUAUUUGGGAUUUUAUUUACAUAAACCUGUUUAAAUUUUUAGGAGUGUGUAUAUCAGAAAUAAUUUUCUUAAAGCAUGUAAGGAUAGUCUUUUGCAUUUUUAUUUUGAAAUGCUUCAUUCAUUUUAAUUUGAAUAGGUAGCUUAUGGCUGAGAAAAAGACUGCAAAAAAUUAUAACAAAUUUAGGUCUCAGAACCACUAUUCUCAUUCAUGUUUUUCAGAGGCCUUGAAAUUCUGGAUAGGAGAAUGGAAGAAAGUACUCAGAGUACUUGAUUAUUUUCUUUUGAGUGUCCUUUAAAAAAACAAAAAAUAAUUACUUCUACAUGUUUUUAUUGUGACUUGAGACUUAGUUCAGAGUAGUAUAGAAAUACCUAAACUUUAUCCCAAUAGGGGUAAAAGUUAGGGAAGACCAUAAUAAAAAACCUUGAAGGUGUACACAUCUUAUUUUAUAAUGCAGUUUAAGUUUGGUGUGCUACCUUGUGUGUGUGUGUGUGUGUGUGUGUGUGUGUGUGUGUAUGUGUGUUUUGAAAGGAAACAAAAUGGGAGGAAUACGUAAAAAAUCUUACUUCAAGUAGUCCAAGGAUGGAUUGAGUCCUCCUAGGGGUUUAAUCCUGUUUUAAUUGUUUUUGUAUCAAAACUUGAAAUUCUGUUGGGAUAAAAAGAAUCUUCCCCUUUAGUGAAAUAAAGGCCGUUAGGUUUCUAGGAUGUAGUGAACUCCAGCCAGACCAGUGCUGCUCUGAGUUCGUCUGCAUACUGGAUUUCAGAGCUGUGAUUUUUGCAGAGUACUCACCAAUUCCCUUGAUGGUUUUGAUGAAAGGUUAGAUUUGUUAGGGUUUUUUGUUAUUUAUUUUUAUUGUCCCACUAAAGUAUAAAGAAUUGCUUAGGAACUCCAUUUUUAUAAUAAUUCAGUUUCAUAUCCAGAUAUCCAGAAUUUUAAAGGAAAUAAAACAUUUCAUCUAUUUUAGGCUGAAACCAUACAUCAUUUCAGGAAUUAAGAAGUGAGAUAAUGAAUCCCUCAUGAAAAAAAGAGAAAAGCCAUCUGAAACAUUCCACAAUCCAUGUUUUAAGCUUAUCCAAAGGUCCCUGUCAGGUGUCCUGUGUGUUCAUGUUAACAAGAAAGCAGGUUUCUAGAUGCCACCUAGAACAUUAUUGCCUCUCAACUUUGGCUUUAAUUAAGUCUUCAAGGAAUGAAAUUAUAUUUCUCAACUAGGGUUGUACUUUUCAUCAUUUCUAAUAUUUCAUGAUUCUUAAACAAAAGAGUUCUCCCUUUUCUCCAUUUAUUUUCAGUGCCAGGAAUCCGCCCUCUCUUCAUGACUCCCUCCCAAAGUGAACCAAAGGUGGUCACACGCUAGACAUAAAUAAAAAAGUUAUUGCUAAUUUAAGAUUCAGAACGUCCUUUUUAAAAAAAAGAAAAACCGUUACCAGGCUCCCAGGCUAAUCCAACAAUGCACCUAACCAUGAAGUUAACACUGAUUUGUUUACAUCUAAAGCGGGGGAGUAGAGGGCAGGAAGACCGGAGAAUGGGGAGAGGAUGAAGCCCUCCUCACUGGGCUAGAGGGCCAGCAUUUGAGAAGCGUUGGAAGAAAUCAGUCUGUCUCGGACUCUUCUCUCUUGUGGUUUAUCUCCCUGUGCCCAGGGUCUGCCUGUUCUACAUCAGAGGUCACCUCCUGUCGGUGUCUGCUGCUCCUCACCCUUGGGUAGUCAUGGGGUGGAGAGUGCUUGCUAAAUCACGCAGGUUGUCCUAUGGCACUCUCAUUUCUGGGCCUUUAAAAAAACUUUUGGACGAUGAUGUCCAGGUCUUUGUUUAAAUAUUGAAACUUCCUUGUUACUAUGGUUUUUGUUUUGAUAGCCAAAGGUAUCUAUCCUUUCUUCUCCAGACUGUGAAUAGAGUGAUUUUAGAGGGCCACCAGCUAACAAAGUAUUUCCUUUCAUCUUAGACUUGUAGAGCCCUAGCUUCUGUAGCUACCUGCUUGAGAAAUGCAAAUCUGUGCUUCUUCAUCAUGCCUUUGAUAACAAAGCGAAAGCUUCCCUAGUAGGUCAGAGGCAUGAAAAGCAGUUGGUUGGUGCUUUUAACUUUUGCAGACAUUGUUGAGGUUUUCUGAUUAUAACAUUGACUUUUCUCUGUGAGCAGUGGGGUUGUACUAGAAGUGGAGCUUCUAAACAUAACAUCAUUACCUCACC